AUCGUAGCAAAGGAUCAUACAGCACUCAAGCUUCCAACAGUUAACAGCUCCUCUUCCUUCGCUCAACAGCAACAAUCCCCAAAACAAACCGGAAAAUGUUCACCAAACUGAUCUGCAUUGCCGCUCUGGCCAUCUCGUGCGCUUCGGCCAAGCCAGGACUUUUGGCUGCUGCCCCGCUUGCCUAUGCCGCAGGACCCGCCGUCGUCACCGCCCAGAGCUCGCAGGUUGUGGCCCGUAACUACAACGGAAUUGCCCCGCUAGCGUACGCCGCUGCACCGGCCCUGGCUUAUGCUGCACCGGCCGUCGCCAAGGUUGCUGCUCCGUUGGCUUAUGCUGCUCCCGCACCACUUGCCGCCACCUAUGCGGCUGCUCCGUUGGCUGCGCCUUACGCUGGAUUCGCCGCUCCGUAUGCUGCGCCGUUUGCCGCCCCGUAUGCUGCACCGUACGCCGCUGCCUAUGCUGCACCGUACGCCAAGGCGUACGCUAGCCCGCUGCUUGCCCGUUCGCCUUACCAGCUGUGGUAGGAAGGGACAGGGCGCCCGUUUGUCGUUACCCGCCAGCCAACAGUUCCUUAGGAACGUCAGCCUUGGUGAACGUUUCUUGUUGUUGAGUAAUAAAAAGUAAUAGAAUGUUUGAAACUAUA